UGUGUGUGUGUGUGUGUCUCUCUCUCGCGCUCCUCAACACGUUACAACGUGUUCCCCUCCUCUUCUUCCGGGGGGGGUUCAAACCUCGGGCCGCUCGUUCUACCGGAGCCCGCACUCGGUGAUAACCCUCCGCAGGAUCUAGGCCCCGCAGAUCACCGCACGGACAUGAGUCUGAUGUUGCGGAGAGAAACGAGCAGCGCGGGACUAUUAUUCUCCAGCUUGUGUGUGUGUGUGUGUGUGUGUGUGUGUGUGUUGUGAGUCCGCUGGUCUGCGGUGACAAUCCCGCAACGAUUACAUCACACAGGUGCCUGCACAGGAAGAGAGACGGAAAAUAAAUAAACAAAUGUACGAAAUAAAACGAUGGUGUGCACGCGCCGCCCCCUGCGUGACUACGUCACGGUGCGUCAGGUGCAGAAAGGCUCUCUGGGAUUUGUAGUUCUCAUUAUCCUUGUAGCGUUUUAAGAAAACAAACUAUACACUGUUUAUAUAAAUGGACGUUUAGUCACCAGGUCCAGAAAACGAAGUCAGUUUGUGAAGCCUGUGUUCUGUGUACUGACCAGCAGAGGGCGACUCUGUAUAACGUCAGGAAACAUUUUCCUGUGACAUCAAAAGUAUUUUUACAUUAAAGGGGCAGUGAGUGAUUUUGGAGAAAGCUCGUCUCUCUCCCGAUUUUCUGCUUGCGAACAUCAGUUUCUUUCUGACGUGAAAGUGACAAACUCUUCCUGUUUCUUUUCUUUCGCACGUUUAUCACAUAUUUUGCGGUACAGUAGGUGGCGCUCCGACAACGUACAACUGGUCGGAAUAAGAUUUUUUCCUCCAGUUGACUUUUUCUGAAAAUCUCAACAACUUGGAGAGCGGAGGAGAACACAGACGACUUUUCAGCGCUGUACAUCUCGUACGAUCUCUACGCCUCAGUAACGUCAGUUGCCGUGGCGACGUCCUCUGGUUUAUGGUGAAGCUUUGUGUGGUUUUUGGGGCCGUUGCUUCCUGCGAGUGGGGCGGGGCCGUUACAACCUCCAGAGCAUGUUGAGGUGUCUACAUGCGCGAAUCCCCCGGUUACUGAAGGUGUGAUCGAGUCUGUUAACCAGGUCAGGUGUUGACAUGGCGUUAGAGAAACCAGGGUUUUGUCACGAAUAUCAUCAGGUUUUAAACUGCAUGCAAAUGCAGAAGUGUUGUGUGGUGCGGUCCGCACCAGUUCUUUUCUUUUACGUCUCCACAACCAGGGUGAGGAACCAGUGAGGAACCUGUCACUUCCUGUCAGACUCAACAGUUGAAGUUGUAGUUUGUUUCCUGUUGGUGACGAUGGGCUCUGACGUCAUCUCUCGCUCCACCCUCCCUCCCUCUCUGCCCGGCCUCCCCCUGCUAGCUAACAGGCUAGGCUAGCUCGGCGGCUAGCAGCUCUCCUCAGUGUGAUUCGUUGAGACGCACCGGCUCCAUCCACAUCCCGGUGCCGUUCGACCGGACCGACCCUCUCCAGGACACCGACAGACCCGCACGCCGCAGGGACACGCAGUACCGACGUCCAGUGACCAAACGACUGAAGAUGAUUAAGCUCUUUUCCCUGAAGCAGCAGAAGAAAGACGAGGAAUCUGCCGGAGGAAACCGAACAGGAGCCGGGGGUAAAAAAGCCAGCGCGGCCCAGCUCCGGAUACAGAAAGACAUCAAUGAGUUGAACCUGCCGAAGACGUGUGACAUCAACUUCCCUGACGACGAUGACCUGCUCAACUUCAGACUCAUCAUCUCACCUGACGAGGGUUUUUACAAAGGAGGAAAGUUUGUCUUCAGCUUUAAGGUAGGACAGGGUUACCCUCACGACCCCCCCAAGGUGAAGUGUGAGACGAUGGUGUACCACCCCAACAUCGACCUGGAGGGAAACGUCUGCCUCAACAUCCUGAGAGAAGACUGGAAGCCCGUGUUGACCGUCAACUCCAUUAUCUACGGCCUCCAGUACCUGUUUCUAGAGCCGAACCCCGAGGACCCGUUGAACAAGGAGGCAGCGGAGGUUCUGCAGACGAACCGGCGGCUCUUUGAGCAGAACGUCCAGCGCUCUCUGAGGGGCGGGUACGUGGGCGCCACCUACUUCGAGAGGUGUCUGAAAUAACUCCAGACCAUACACCCCCCCCCCCCCCCCCCCCCCCCCCCCUGCUCGUCAGCAGCACCAGGAGCUGUUGAAGCAGGAAGCAGCCAAUCAGAAGACGCUUUUCUGUUUUAACACAAACGACGAACACCCCCCCCCCUUUUUCCUCUUUGUUUUACUUCCAAGACGCAGAAUUCAACUGUUUACAAGCCGACACAAACACAUACACACACACACACACACACACACACACACACACACACCUGACUGGACUCAAAAAGAUGGCCGACAGAGCAACGGUCAUGGAUGAUGACGAUGAUGAUGGAGGACUGUGUGUGUGCGGGGGGGUGGGGGUGGCUCAGGUGAGUCAAUAAUUUGGUGAAUGCCAUGAUGCGUCUGAUGAUGAUGAUGAUACCCAUGAUUUUUCUUUACUUUUUAUUUUUUGGUAAAUGUGUGUGUGACAAAGAUGCCUGAUGUCACACUGGUGGUCAGAAGGACACGCCCCCUCCUGACUGCUCCAUGUCAACGUCUGUUGCUGACAGCAGCUAUGGCAACGGUUGCCUGGCAACAUCACAGUGACGACAUGAUGGAAGUCACUGUCAAUCACCAAGAAAAUUGUUCCAACGGGGGGAGGAGCUUGUGGGGUCACAGUGAGAACGUGAUGUACCACAGCUGAGAGGAGGAGGGGCUUGUGACUGAGUGGGAGGGGUUAUUAGUCACAGCAAAGUCCAGCAAGACAACAGAAGGAGUCUCCUGGGAGGGGCUUGUCAGAGUGGGAGGAGUUUGUUCUCAUCUGCAGCCGAUCACGUGACUUCAGCGAACUUGUAGUUUCAGUUUGAUUCGCUGCUAAAUUCACUCACUCAGCACCAGGGGGCGGAGUUCUUGUCAGGGGGCGGGCUGUGGAGAUGGUGUUUUAAAGGAGCGCAGGGUGGGAGGGUUAUGUUUUCACUUUGUGAGGCGGGUAGGGGGGUCAUUGUGGGUGGGGUUUCAGAGGGUAGGGGCUUCAAAUGUUGGAUUAUCUUGUGUAUAUUGACCCCGGCUGUUCACAUUGACUGCAAUAUGAUUUAUGUUAAAUAAAAUAUGAACUUGAAUGAUUAUAACUGUACACCAUAAA